AUGACUGGCAUCGGUAAGACUACUCUUGUUGAAAAAGUUUAUAGCGAUCCAAGUGUUCUAGAGGAGUUUGAAACUCGUUUAUUUGUGCACAUCGGCCCACGGUAUAAUCGAUCCGAAGAAAUUGUGUGGCUUGUUCUCUAUCAACUUGGCAUCACCUCUGAUAAGUUUCUCAAAAGGGAUUACGUGAAGCAAUUGUCGGAGGCUUUAUCCAAUAAAAAGUAUCUGAUUGUGUUAGAAGAUGUAUGGGCUGGUAUUCAUGAGUGGCAUGAUCUACAAUAUGAUGGUUUUCCAGAUAACGGGAAAGGAAGUCGCUUCAUCAUCAUAUCUCAGAUCGAUUGCUACGUCGUGUCGAGUGUCAUCGUAUUACCAUUGCUCAAGGACAAUGAAAGUUGGAAACUACUUCGUCAGACGGCAUUUAGUGGUAGUGAAGAUAAAUGCAGUCGUGAACUCGAGAAAAUUGGGAAGACGGUUGCCAUAAACUGCGAGGGACUCCCUGCGGCAAUUAUACAAGUCGGAGAGAACUUGCGUGGAAAAUCUUUUCAAGAAUGGAAGACAUUAUCAGAAAAAAGAAGAUCCAUUAGUCAUCACAAGAGAUGA